UAUCAACUGCAGACCUAUGCUUGCUCAUGUCUCAUUUGAGAUUCUUUGACAUGUGGCUUAGCAUGUAAAAAUGUGUGGUAUUGUGAAAGCAGGAGUUUGUAUUGCAAGAGUACAGCAAAAUCAUAGAAGUUCUGCUUAAUAUCAUCUGAAGUCGGUGAAUCUAAUUAAUGUUUUGUUUUCAAGGGUGAUAGUAAGAAAAUGGAAGAUGUCAACAUGUACUUGAGCCUCCCUUCAACACGCAGUCAGGUAGAGCCUAAGCUCUCAACCUUAAGUCGGAGUGCAAGCAUUGUCGGAGGACUCUCUAUAAGCUCAAGAGAUUCAUUUGCCAUUUCAACUCUUGUUUGCUCAACUAAGCUAACUCAGAAUGUGGGUUUACUGGGCCUUUUGAAGUGGCGAAUGAAACCUGAGCUCUUGAAGGAAAACUUAGAAAAAUUGAAGAUCGUGGAUGGUGAAGAAAUUGUGAAGUUCCUCCAGGAUACUUUAGAUGCCCUAUUUAAUAUCAUGAUGGAACAUUCUCAUACUGAUGCAUAUGACAUUCUUGUCUUUGAUGCUUUGAUUUAUGUAAUAGGACUCAUUGCAGAUAGAAAAUUUCAGCAUUUCAAUACUGUACUGGAGGCUUACAUACAGCAACAUUUCAGUGCAACUUUAGCCUACAAGAAAUUAAUGGCAGUUCUGAAGACUUAUUUGGAUACUUCAAGCAGAGGAGAACAGUGUGAACCUAUAUUAAGAACGCUUAAAGCUCUGGAAUAUGUAUUCAAGUUCAUAGUUCGGUCAAGGACUUUGUUCUCUCAGUAAG